AUAUUAGAAGGGAAUGCGCGUUCCUUCGAUAUUUCCACGCCGCUGGGCGCGUUCCAUUAUGCAACGUUCCUAUGCCUCACCGCGAGAUGGUAUGCGCCUGAACUCAAGAACAAGCUGGAAGCUGUGAAGAACGCAUUCCUCGAGAAAUAUGACAAGAAUGACAAAUCCCUUCGAUGGAGCAUGAGACACCAGAUCGAGGAAUUGGAGAAAGGGAAAGGGAAGGCAGCAUAA